AUGUGGCGCCAAGCGGCUAUCCCAGACUGCGAAGAAGAUGAUGUAGAGGAAGAAAUGUUGAAACCACAUCCCACGGAUGAUUCCUCUGGAUUGCAUGCACUCAUAUCAAUGCAAACAUUUGACGGUUACUGGGAUUGGCACAGUGAACUUCUCCAGGCACUUGGUCUCGAAGCAGAAAGCGUGAAAGCGAAACUGCAGUGUAAGGACUUGGCUGGGGACAAUUCUGAUAUUUGGAGUCUGCCUGUCUGGAAGGAAAUUCUUGCUACCUGUCUUGUGUGCCACUUUCUGCAAACGCAGCUUUCGGACUCGAAAGAUGUCUGGGAGUUGCUCAAAGAGAAGGCGGAUAUAUGGGUACAGAAAUCUUUGAACGAGAUGAAUGAGACGGACCGGAAAACUUUGAGGAAACUGAUCGACAAAGUAGGGAUCUGCUUUUAA